AUGAAUCAAUUUCCUAUUAUGACCGAUUUGCCUUAUUCACCGCUCCUUCCAACUGAUCCGAACUUUUGGGCUUGGUUAGAUGCUCUUCUUCUUGAAAUUCUUAUGCAACAUCAGGCUAUCCCAUUAUCUAGGCAAGCUUUGAAUCAUUUAUCUGCCUUAAACAAUUAUUAUAAUGGUUUCACUGAUAUUCAAAUUAAGAUAUAUGGGGCUCUUGCUCAGGCUCAUGAACUAUCUGGAAAUUGGCUUGAGGCCAUUAACGCUCAUCGUAAUAUUUUAGCUUUAAGACCUGAUAGUAUUGACUCUAUGAUAGGUUUAGCAAAAUGUUACAACAAAAAUGGUGAUAAAAGUCAGUUCCUAAGUACUUCUUACGAUGUUAUUCGUAUUAAACCAACAAACUGGGAAUUUGCUAAUUAUUUGACCGAUGCCCUCACUAAUGAUCCUUCCCUUCUUCAAGAAGCUUUGGAUGUAUUAAAUCAUGUUUUACAACAUUCUUCAAAUUCUUCCAUGAAGAUGUUAGAUGUGGGUUUUAUACAAUCUCUUUUUUAUCGUCGUGCUCAACUCAAAAAACGGAACAAUGAUUAUUUGGGGGCACUUAUGGAUUGUUUCUCAGUUUUGGAAAUAGCUUUGAAUGGAAAAUCUUUAAAAUCUUUUCUAGAUGAUAUAAUAUUAUGUCUUGGAUUUAGCAAUUAUGAUCAAACUCAAGUUCCAUUCAUUAUUUUACCUGUUAAUGACUCUUUAAGAUUACUUGAUUUAUUAUUUCCGACAACAAGUGGAUUAUUUCCCGGCCAUUUAGGUUUAACUUCCCAAUCCGAUAUAAGAUUGGCGAAAAAACAAGUCUUUGGUGUUCUUUAUGAGAUAAGCUCCGCCUUUGAAUCCCAUCCAAAAGAAUGUCAAUAUUUUUUAAAUGAUGUUACUCCACUUAGUUCUAUUUCUUUACUAUUUCUUUAUUUGGCUUGCGCGUGUUAUCCUUCUGCUCAAAUUUUUUUCGAAGUUGCCGCUAUGUUAAACAAGAUUACUGGUGUUGCUGCUUGUCGUCAGGCAGCCAUUGGUUACCUUAGUGAAGGUAUUCAAUUGGACCCUAAAAAUGUUGACGCUUAUAUUAAUUUGGCUGAUUGUUUAUAUAAUGAUGGAAAUAUUCCAGGAAUGACUGAAGUAUAUGAAAAACUAUUAUCUUUUCAUGUCAUCUCUGAUGAAAAUCAUUUGAUUAGAUUUGCUUUUGGAUGCUGUUAUAUAGGUGAUAUUGCCAAAUUAACUGCUACUUGGUCUAAUGCUCUUUUGUAUUAUAAAAGAGCUCAUACUUUAAGACCAAAUGAUCCAAUUUUUUUAGCUUCUUUGACUCAAGCUAAUACUCAUGUAUGCUACUGGAAAGAUCGGGGUGGAAUAGGUUAUCAUUCAGUUGAUAGUAAUGGUAAUUUACAUCGUUUCCAAACUGUUCAGAGAUCGGGCCAAAUGGCUUUAGUUGCUGAUAUUGUUGAAAAAGCUAUUAAUGAUGGAGCUAAAUUUGGAAAAGGCAUAAUUGAAAAAUCUGGUGGAAUUCUAGCUCUUUUAACAAAUUUAUGUUCCAAUUUAAGAGAUGAUGAUAAAUCGGUUAAAUUUUUCAAGGCUAAAGCGGCAAAAUGGAGAAAUCAAGCUUUUAAUCUAAAGAAUGAAGGUGGUUGGAUUAUACGUGUAAUUCAUCAUAUAAUGCGUCGGAUUCAGCAUAAAUGGUAUGUGGAUUCAUACGGUGGUAUAACACAAAGUUCACAUGCUCUACCACCGAUUAAUGUAACUCCGAAACUCCGUUCAAAAUAUCAACGUCCGCUAAUCCCUCCAGGAUUAGAACAACCAGUGGCUACGCCUAUACAACCAUUUUAUACGUUCAUUUAUGAUUUAGAUCCAAGACAAGUUCGUAUAAUAUGUCACAGGACUGCUUUAAACAUUGCUUAUGAAGAUCAUCCCUUAGCUCAUUUAAUGCAAUCUGUAUUUGGAAUGCACGAUCGUAACGUAGUAGAAGUUUAUUGUUACUCAUUAUCACCAAAUGAUGGUUCUAUAUAUCGAGCAAAAAUUGAAAAAGGAGCUGAUAAGUUUUAUGAUUGUCAUGCUUGGACAACGGAAUCUAUUGUCAAACAAAUAGUCCAUGACAAUAUACAUAUUCUUGUCAAUCUCAACGGUUAUACCGCAGGAGAUAGGAAUCUUAUAUUUGCCGCUCGUCCAGCCCCGAUUCAAGUAACUCACAUGGGGUUUGCAAGCUCUUUAGGUGGUUUAUGGUACGUUAAAGUCGAUGAACAUGUAUGUCCGGAAUCUCAGACCAGUGAUUAUCAAUUUUGGAAUAAAAGUCGUGAUAAUGAUGGUGAUUUAUUGGGUGAAGUAGAUCCUGAAGAGGAUGAUAAAAAUUGGACAUAUCCAGAAAAGAUAAUUUAUAUGCCAACCACAUAUUUUAUUAAUGAUCAUAAACAAGGAUUUUAUGAUGAUAAUCUUGCAAAAGGAUACUAUGAUGAUAAUAUUCCUGGAUGUAUACUUGCAAAAAAUCAUAUAAUAAGAUGGUUUUUUGAAGAGGAUCGUCGUUGGGAUAUGCGUAAACAACUUUUUCCAAAUUUAACUGAUGAUUGGGUUAUCUUUGCCAAUUUUAAUCAAUUAUAUAAGAUUGAUCCAGUAAUUUUUAAAUUAUGGUUACGAAUUUUGGAAAGAGUACCAAAAUCUAUUCUGUGGAUAUUAAACUUUCCAGAAGAAGGUGCAAAGAAUCUUUUAGAAACUGCACGACAAUGGGCGGGUCCAAAUGUUGCAAGUCAUAUAUAUUUCACAGAUGUAGCGGAUAAAAAACAACACGUUAUAAGGGGAAGAAUAGCCGAUUUAAUUCUUGAUACGCCACAAGUGAAUGCGCACACGACGGCAUGUGAUAUUCUUUGGUCUGGGACGCCGAUGAUUACACUUUCGGGACCUGAACACAAGAUGUGUUCCAGAGUGGCAUCCUCUAUAUGUAAUGCAACAGGAUUUGGUGAUAAAAUGAUAGUACCUGAUUAUCAGACGUAUGAAGACAAGGCAGUAGAAUACGCAAAUUCAGUGACAUAUAAAUAUUGGUUCGGUUGUUUAUUACCGGGAGCACAACAACGUCUUCAUCGAAAUGGUGUUGGUGAAUUGAUUGAAUUGAGAAAAAAUAUAUAUUUAAACCGAGAAAACAUUCGUCUUUUUGACACACAGCAAGCUGUUAAAGAGCUUGAAAAAGGAUAUGUUGAUGCGUGGGUUCGUUGGGUGAAUGAUAACGAACGUAACAUUCAUAUAAAGAUAUGA